CAUCCUCCUGUAAGGGUUUGUAGGCACAAUGCUCUGCCUCCAUUCAUAUGCUUCACAUUCUGUGAAGACAAGAAUUCUUGAUAUUCCGGCAGAGGACCAGAAGCGAACUGUUAACCAUGGCUCUGAGCAAAGCUACAGCGCAUUCUGAUGAUUCUGUGCAUUGCAUGUUUGGAUCCAGAUAUGUGCAACAAUCCCUGCCCAGGUUUAGGAUGCCUGAUAUGUCAAUUCCAAAGGACGCUGCUUACCAGAUUAUCAGCGACGAGCUGAUGUUGGAUGGAAACCCCAGGCUAAAUUUGGCCUCUUUUGUGACUACCUGGAUGGAGCCUGAAUGUGACAAGCUUAUCAUGCAAGGAAUUAAUAAGAAUUAUGUUGAUAUGGACGAGUAUCCAGUUACCACAGAAUUGCAGAAUCGCUGUGUGAAUAUAAUAGCCAAUUUGUUCAAUGCUCCAUUGGGAGAUGGAGAGGAAGCUGUUGGUGUUAGUACAAUUGGAUCAUCAGAGGCCAUUAUGUUGGCUGGUUUGGCUUUCAAGCGUAAGUGGCAGAACAAGCGCAAGGCACAGGGAAAGCCAUUUGACAAGCCCAACAUUGUUACUGGUGCCAAUGUGCAGGUGUGUUGGGAAAAGUUUGCUCGUUAUUUCGAAGUAGAACUAAAGGAAGUGAAGCUGCAAGAAGGCUAUUAUGUAAUGGACCCUGUCAAAGCGGUUGACAUGGUGGAUGAAAACACCAUAUGUGUGGCAGCUAUUCUGGGUUCUACUUACAAUGGAGAAUUCGAAGAUGUCAAGCUGUUGAACGAUCUACUUACAGAGAAAAACAAGAAGACAGGGUGGGACACACCCAUUCACGUAGACGCGGCGAGCGGCGGAUUCAUCGCACCGUUUCUGUACCCUGAUUUGGAGUGGGAUUUCCGUUUACCGUUGGUGAAGAGCAUCAACGUCAGCGGCCACAAAUACGGCCUUGUCUAUGCCGGAAUCGGAUGGGUUAUCUGGAGGGCAAAGCAGGAUCUGCCGGAAGAGCUGAUUUUUCACAUCAAUUAUUUAGGAGCUGACCAGCCCACUUUCACCCUCAAUUUCUCUAAAGGUGCCAGUCAAAUAAUUGCACAAUACUACCAGCUCAUACGUCUGGGGUUCGAGGGAUACAGAAACAUCAUGGCUAAUUGUGCGGCGAAUGCGAAGGCACUAGCGGACGGUCUGGUGAGGACUGGGCGUUUCAACAUUCUAUCUAAGGAGAUGGGAGUGCCACUGGUGGCCUUCUCGCUUAAAGACCGGAGCCAGCACGACGAGUACGAAAUUGCAGACCAUCUGAGAAGAUUCGGGUGGAUCGUCCCUGCGUAUACAAUGGCCCCUGACGCGCAGCACGUCAGCCUUUUGCGGGUGGUCGUCCGAGAAGAUUUCAACCGCUCUCUGGCUGAGCGCCUCGUCCGCGACAUUGAAAAAGUCGUGCACGAGCUGGAUGGUCUCCCGUCUAAGCUGGUCCGCGAUGUGACCGCCACGCUUGUUGAAAAGCACCCUGACUGGAAAGACUCAGCUGCUGCCCCUCUGGAUAAUGGGAAACUCAGGUCCGCCUUUGAGGAAGUCAUUGCUUCUCAGAAGGCUGUGAAAGCGUGGAAAAAGUUCGUUCAGAAUAAGGCUAACCGUGUUUGCUGACGGACCAUUAUUAUUAACAUCGUCAUGCCUGCCUGCUUUCUGCUUUAGUUUGCGUUUGUUUUAAUUCUGGCAUUUGUGGGAUGAAUCUAUUAUAGAUUUGGUCCCGGAUUCUAUGGAUGAUAGAUAAAGAACCUUAGAUUUAUUAAUAGUAAAUAUGGUGUAUUUUGCUUUUA